AUAGUUCAAAUAUGGCGUCUGCAUCAUGUUGCUAGGAUAAUUGUGACGGGCAAUGAUGUGCAAAUUGGGUGAAAAGGUAGAGUAAUCAAAACAAUGUCUGAAGUCCUAGAACUUGUAUCAAAGCCCUAAUAUAUGUUCUGCAAGAUCACUUAUUGUGGAAAAUUAACACUAUUAGUUGACUUCACUUAAAAAGUAAAUUAUAUCAACAAUUUGUUGUUCUUUUACUUUUACUUUUAGUUUUUUUAGGCAAUUUUUACCCUUUCCGCUCGUGCGGCUUGAAUUGAUUGAUUUACAUUUACUUACUUAGUAAAAUAACGACCAAUUACCUAAUUUAAAUAAAGUGGAUGACAUUAUUUUAAAAAAAUAAUCUUUUAAAUUUAAAUAUCUACAGCAACCUGUUCCAAACUUUUAAGUUUGGCAGACUGGUGGCUGGACAAGUUUUGAAACUGGACUAAGGACUAGAACCAGAUUUUUAAAUUAAAAUUAUAUUUUCUUUUUAUUUGAAGAUAAAUAUUCAUUUUUUUGCUGCCUGUCAACGAAAGACUUGCGGAAAAGGGCUGGUCUAUUUAUCUACUUGCUUACUACAUAAAUUUGCAUUGAGAUUACUUACAUAACAAGACAACAGAAACUUAGCUCGGUAGGCCUAAAAAAUAUAUAUUAUAUUCAUUCAUAGGCUUAUUUACUUAUUUAUUAAAAUAAGUCAAUUUGAAGAACAUAACUAUAACAUAAGACAUUGAUAAUCCGGAAAUCAAAAGUUUGGAGCAUCCAAAAUCCCAAGUGUGGAAAAUCAGGUGAGUCCAAAAUCCAGAGCAUCAAAAAUUCAGAUUACCUUGUUAAAAAAAUAUCUGCAUAGGCAGAGCAAGAAUCACAAUGUGAUUUAAAGUGAAUGUGAAUGCUUUCAAAUUUUUAAACAUAACCAAAAAAAAAUAACAACAAAGAUGUUCAUUGGAGAUGUAAUAACAAUAACCUUUCACAAGUCAGGUGGUAAACCGUGACCUCAAUAUUUACAACACAUUUUUAUACUAUAAUCUAUAUAUAUAUAAUUCGCCAGCAAAGGUUAAACAAGACGGGUCAAAGACCAAGCAGGCUUGGUUCAAUAAUGAGUUCAAUAGCGCGAAAAUAUAAUUCUUGAUACCUCCACUAAAUGAUAUAUUAUAUUUAUUUUUAAAUAACGCAAUUGCGUUUGGUGCGUAAUAUUUUCUUUUCGGAAAUGAAAUCGUCUCAAUUUAAGUAAUGUGUCAAAAAUUUUUGGUUUAAAAGUGGUUGGGACAUGAGAAUAUUAAUAUAGUUCAUUGGCGAGAAAUAAAAAGUGCGCAGCGGCGUAUCAUGGGGAAGGGGUGAAGUAAAAUAAUUAAGAUUCUUAAAUGUGCGUUACUUGAGUUUAUGUUUUGUCAAGUAACUUUACUAGAUGGAAAGUUCACGCAUUGCUGUCGCCAAUGUUUGGCGGGCUAUAUCUAGUAUAUAUAUAUAAUAUAAAUAUUAGUCCACCAUUACUUUUGAUUAUUGAUGUCUUACUGUAUUUAUAUAUUAUUGGUAUGUCUAGGCCUAGUAACCUUUCAUAACUUAGACAUUUCUCACUGCCUUUGAAUUACUCAUAACAUUUUACUUUAACUUUAACAAGUAUUACUCUCCCUUUCAGUGUGAAACUAAGCAAAGUCAUAAUCAAGACUCUGCAAUGUUUAAAUAUUAACUACCCUUAUGAAAACUUUUUACUGAAAUAGACCUCUAAGCCUCGUUGCUUUCAUCAAUUUACCUAUGAGGUAUUUUUCAAGAUAGCUUCUAAUAGUACAGCAAUGGCUAAAGAAUUAAAUCUGCAUGAAAUCAAUCAGAUAAAGGUAUGGAAUAAAAUCAUAGAAAUUAUCAAUUAUUAAACCAACUUAUUAAAAACUUAUUUUUGUUUUUUAUUUAUGAAAAUUUUUUUUUAAAAGUUUCUUUAAUCUCACUUUAAUUAUCAAAAUACUUGGAAUGAAAACAUAUUUUAACAGAUUUUUUUAAUACAAUGAAAUUGAAAUAUUUAUGAAAUUAUAGUUUAAAAAAAAAAAGUGUAACAGUGAUUUACAUUUUUUAAUGUAUUGAUAAUUAUUGUAUUCAAAAGAAAGGUGCAAGAUUUGCAGACUUAUUACCAAGCCAAGAAGUUUAUAGUGAUGAGGAUGAUGAUGAGGAUGAUAAUGAAGAAACUGAUGAUGAUUACUCUCCUGAUAUCUUUGGAGACUUAGAAAUGAAAGAUCUUGAUGAGGAAGGCUUAGCGGUUAUGAACUCUAUUCUUUAUAAUCAAGAGUCAGGAACUUCCAGGACAAGAAUGUUCAACAAUGAUCACCACAUAGCUGAGCAAACUAAAAAUGCCUUGGUAUUUGCAGGUAAGAUAUUCACCAAAAUGUUCCGAGUAUAGGCCACUCUAGAUUAUAGGCAGCAACCUUAAAGUUUGGUGUUAUUUUUUAAAACAAUUUUUAUAAUUUUUUUAAAAAUUGUUGUUUUUUUGUGUGCAAAAUCCAAUUGUGGGCCGCAUCCCUAGCUUAAAGACUUAAAUUAGUGAGGAAAAAGUUAAUUGGCCUAUACUUGGAACAAUACAGUACCAGUAUUUUUAUUUUAAUUUAAGCAGUUAGUACUGCUGGUGAAAAUGAUAGAGGAGAAUAUAAGCUCUUACCUUUCUUUUCCUCUGUCGGCAUUUAGUGUUAGCUUUGGCUGGGGAGGGUGAAUUUGUUGGGAACAAGUUUUUGUAAAUAGAAUGCCUGUAAGAGCAAGAACUGCAAGUGUGUUCUGCAAUAUCUAUAUACUGUUGUUUUUUUCACAUGUUCAAUGAUGCUGUUGUCACCUAUUUAUUAUAUUUAUGUCUAUUUUUAAAGGAAAUGAAGAUGAUAAUGAUGAUGACAUAGACAGUGAGGAAGAGAGAGAUAUCAUGAAAGAAAUCAGAGAGGAAAUUGAAAUAAAGGUGCAUAAUUAAAUAAUCAAAUUUCAUGUUAUUUUCAUGAAUUAAUCCAGAAAUGACUGUCAGCUUCAUCAGGAUAUCUAAGCCGUUUUUAUAGACAAAAUAUCACUGAUAACGAGAAAAUCUCAUUUCUUGAUUCAAAUUAUCAUAACUGUAUUGAUUUAAUUAAAGUUAAACUUUUGAUUCUAGAACUAUUCUGUAUUAAAAAGUGUACAUUAAUGGACUUUGUGCAUCUGUGCCAAAUUUAGAUCUCCUACCGGGUUGAUGUUAAGGUAAUCACCUCAGCAUCAUUUCUUGUUUACUAUAAAACAAGUUAGUUUAGAAAUUAUAGUUGAUCACCAAAAUAUCAGUCAAUUAACUUAAAAUUUUCUCUAAUUCAGGUUCGAGAUGAGAUGAAAGAUGAGCUGGCUGGCUUCCAGAGUCGCCUGAAAGCCAUUGAAUCUGGCCACACACCCGGAGAACAAGAUGAGAAAAAAGAUGUUGAUGACUCGCUAAGAAUGGAUGAGAACAUGGACCCACGACUGAAAGAGGCCAUCAUUAAGAUGAACAAGCUGGAUAAAAUUCUGAAAAAGAAACUCAAAAUAGAAAGAGAAGUCAAAAAAGAAAGACUUCUCUUAGAAAGAAGGUAGAUUAGUUCACUACCAACCAUUACUAAAUACUGUAAUGUUAAGUAACAAAAUUAAUCUUCCACAUGUUUCACAAUGACCUUGACAAAUUUGUCACAAUUUACAAAGGGAGAAGGCGUUUAUUAGGGCUGGCAUUUUCAUCUUGUACGGAGUACAAUUUUAUAAAGACUUUUCUAAUCACUGGUGGUUUUGUUUGCUUUUCUAGAAUGCGCAAAGAGAUUGCUGAGAUGGAUCAAGGAACGCCAUUUUAUCGUGAAAUCAAGUUCAACACUGAAAAGUUUUUAUCUCUGGAGCUCCCAUCUACUCAUAAUGAAGGUCAAGGAUCUUUGUGUUUCAGUCUAUUUAUGUGACAUGUAGCUCCCAUUAUAAAGGUCAAGGAUCUUUGUCUGUCAGUCUAUUUAUGUGGCAUGUAGCUCCCAUUAUAAAGGUCAAGGAUCUUUGUGUAUCAGUGUAUUUAUGUGACAUGUAGCUUCAAAGGUUGAGUUCCUAACUGAACUAAUAUUAUGGUCAUCUUAAAAUUACUAUAGACUUGUUAAACAGUAGUAAUUUAUACUAUUUGCUUUUUAACAACUCACAAAAAUGAGAACUUUAUUAUUAUCAAAUGCAGGUAAUACGGAUUAAAAUUAAACAAGUUUUAUAACAGAAUAAAUAUGAAAUUACAGGGUUCUUUCAUUCAAUCAUUAUGUUCUCAUUGGUGUUUGAAAAAGUGCCUAUUAGUUUCAUCUUCCCUGGGCUGUCCUCUUUAGUGCUGUUCUAAAAAGUCAGCUGUUGGCCUUCUAUAAACAUUACCAAUCCAUCUGUAGUAUAGUGACUUGCAUUCAUGGUUUCUACUUCUACAAUGUUUGUCCCUCUGGAUUGACAUCUCAGCACUUCAAUGGAAAUUAUCUAUAACCUGUAACACUCACCAGCUGUUUGACUAAACUCUGUCCAAUCUUCCAGUGGGCAAUUGUAUACAGUGAUUGUGUCCUCCGCUGUGGGCUAUUGUAUACAGUGAUUGUGUCCUCUGCUGUGGGCUAUUGUAUACAGUGAUUGUGUCCUCCGCUGUGAGCUAUUGUAUACAGUGAUUGUGUCCUCCGCGCUGGCCUAUUUUCUCACCACAUCUGUUUUUGUGACAUUGACUUUAAGUCCUAUGAUAGAGGCAGUACCAGUUAGCCUCUUUAUUUUAUCCUAUGCAUCUUGGCUUUUGGUGGACGGCAAUCCUAUUCUAUAGGCAUAGUCCAGGUCCUCAAGCACUGAGGUCAACGUCUCAUGCAUUCUUUCCUCUUUUCUAGUGGGGAUAUGUUAUAUAACUUGAAAUAUUGCCAACCUUUUCAAUACUCUUAGAAGUGAAGCCCAAAAAUAUACAUUUGAUUUUUUAAAAAGUUUUUUAAAACCUAGAAACAUGUAAAAAAAAAAACUAAAUAUUUUUGUGGUCAGCAACUUCUCAAUUUUUAUCAGACAACUUGCUUGUGCGGUAACUAAAGUGUUUGAGCUGUCUCUGCUCAAUGCCAUGAUACUUUUAUUUUAUCAGCAUUUGUAAACAUUUCUCAGCCUUCCUUUCUCCAAGUUAACUUAUUUUUUUACCUCUAAAUUCUUUUCUAAAACAAUCAAUGUGCUUUUUCAGGAUUCCAUUUACAUUACCAUAAAUUGAAAUUCUUUUACCAGAUGCUUUCUUAUGGGGGGGAAAAAAUCAGUUGUGUAACUCAAGAAAUAUCGUAAAACUGUAUAAGUGUUAAUAAACUGCACCUAGCCAAGACAAUAUGGUAUCAGUUAUUAUUUAAUUUAUUUGCUUUUUGCUAAAAACGAGGAGUAGUUAAAUUUUCAUCCUCUGGAUGAUUUUACAUAAAACUAUCCAGUUUAAACAAUUUUAAUAUAUUUUGAAGGGUAAAAAAUUCUUGAAAUUAAUCAAAGAUAAUGAAACAUCGUACAAUAAAUAUUAAUUGCUACGAGGUUAAUUACUUGCCCUGUUGCGAAUCUCACAUUUUUUAUCUGAUUAACAUUUUUAGAGCCAUCUUUAUGUCAUUUUUCUUUAAAAUAAAUUUUGAUUAACGAACAUAUUUGUUGUUUUUUGUAGGUAUCAUUCUUGACAAUGAGGACAACAUUCCCCCCGUGUUUCAAACACAGAUAGAUGAGGCUGAGAUCAAGACAAAUAUUAAUAGUAAAAACAAGGCAGGUGGGGAUCACACUCAAGGUAAAUAUGAUUUAAAAAUUACAAUAAAAUAUGUUGUUUUCAUCAACAUAAGUUAAUGUAUGAUUUUUAUGAUAACAGAUGAUCCAUGUUUUUCACUGGAUGUUCUAGGAAAUGGUUGGGUGGGGUCAUUUAUAAAUGUUUUAUAUAUGCAUGUCUUGCUACUACCUUAAUAAAUAACAAAAAAAUAUGCAAUUAAUUUAGAUAAAUGCAAGAUUGUUUAAGCAGUGCAUUUAUAAAUUGUAAUGGACACUUAAACUUUAUUUUCUUCAAAAUUAUAAAAAAAACUAGAAACUAUAUAAUUAAUUGAAAACAUUGACCAAUAGAAAAUCAAAAGUCCAGAUCAGAGCUUAACACUCCCAACAAGGGUGAAACUAGAAAUACUGCCUCAAGCAUGUCUAGACCUCCUGGAAAAGGAAAUACAUCUAAAAACUUUAUCAAAAGAAAUAAAAAGGUAAUUUAUAACUAUUUUUCUAUUUUCAUUGUAAAAAGUAAAAUAAUAACUCAAAAUAGUAUAGAUAAAAAAAUAAUUCAAUUCAAAUGUUUUUGAUUCUAUAUGUUUGCUUCAUGUCCUUCAAAAACAGAAACAAGUAUUGUUUUGAAGGUCAUUGUUUUAAAUUGCAUAAAGAUUGUUCAUAACGUAUUUAUUACAUUGUAUCUUCUUCCACAGUUAGCAGCUCAUGGCAAUGAUCCAAUAGCAAUGACUGAUGAUGAGAAGAAAAGAUUAGAGGAACUACUUGAAGGUGUGGAUGACCUACCAGACAUUGAGAAUCCUGCUGAGGUAAAGUUAUUUUACAUGGAAUUAUGCACCCUCUAGUGUAUUUAGUCACUCUGAGAUUAUGUCAUAAUUAUAUUGUCUUAAACAAUUGCAUUUCUUGAACAAAAUUACAUCAUAAAGGACAUACAAGGGCCACAAUUUCAAAGAGUUAUUUAUUACAAUAUUCAAUAUAUAUAUAUAAUAAUUUAAAUGUAAGUUAUAGCUGAAAAUGAAUCUUCUCUUGUGUCCUAUGUAAAUAAUGUGUAACCAACGUAAAAUGUAGACAUUACAUAGGCUCAAUUUCAAAUUAGUUAAAGUUGGAAUAACAGAUUUUAUUCUUUUAUUUGGGCCCUUAUGUUGCCCAAAACUCAGGCUUUGAUUUGACCACUAGAACACUGUCAUUUUAUGUGUGCUGUAAACUCGCCAUAAUUAGUGAGACUUUCUCUUGUUAUUUUCAACAUUUUAGCCUGUGACAGUUGGACCAUAUCAACUUGCAGUUCAUCCAGGGGAAGGUUUCUGUCCAGACACAACUGAAAGGAUGAGUUUGACCAACAUCAAUGAACAACUGAAACAAAUCAUGCCUGAAGAAGAAUUCAAUGCCAUGAUCGUAAACACGAUGAAAAGCAAUGCUGUCUCGCAUGUAUGUUACUAGGUUCAAUGACAACAAAAUAUAUUGGACAUUUUUUACAGGUCAAGAAGAGAAAGGAAAAGGUGGAUUGGUUCAGUUUAAAAAAUUUAAGUUGACAAAAUUCAUAGAUAAAAAAUACUUUACAGACAGAUUUUCGUUUUUAUCUAUCUUUUCUUAUAUUUCAAAAAGGAUUUAUAAUUUUUGUUUCACUGAUGAUUUUUAUAAAAAGCUUGCACAAUUAAAUUGUAUUCUGUGCUUUAUUUAGUUUUUGUAGUUAUUUGUUUGUGCUUGUAUUUGUUCUCAUCAUUGUCACUAGCAACAUGUUUUUGUUUUCACCUGUCACUAGCAUCAUGUUUUUGUUCUCACCUGUCACUAGCAACAUGUUUUUGUUCUCACCUGUCACUAGCAACAUCUUUUUGUUCUCACCUGUCACUAGCAACAUAUUUUUGUUCUCACCUGUCACUAGCAACAUGUUUUUGCUCUCACCUGUCAUUAGCAACUUUUCACUCGAGUUGGGAUCAAAACUCCUGCAGUAGAGGAGCCAGGGGAACGUACUCUCUUUGAGACAAAGGAAGAAAGAGAACUCAGUGUCAGGUUACAGACCAUCGAAAAAGAACUUGAAAAAUUUAAAAUCCCACAAGAGAUGGAGGUAGAGAUUAUAUGCUUGAUUACUUUUUUCAUGAAUUUGUCAAUGUUGUAAAAAUGUGUGUUUAGCUUUCAGUUUGAUGACGUAUUUGUGUUGAGUGAAUCUUUUUUACAUCUAUAACUGACAGUGUUGAUUCACAUCAAUUGUUUGAUUUUAUCAUUUUUUUUCCUGUCACUGUAAAUACUACUGGUACCGGGUAUUUGAAAAUGUAAUCGAUAACAUUGGAACCUAUAAAUUUGGCAUAUUACAGAAAUGUUAAUAUAUUUAUUUUAAUAUUAAAAUUUAAUUAAAAUAUAUAAUAUAUAUCAAUGAAUUUUAGACAUUUGUUUUUAAUAAUUUAAAUUCUUACCAUUCAUCUUUCCAAGGAUGAGGAGGAAAAACAUCUUACGGAUGAGCAGUUGGAGAAGCUUCUAGAUGAAUGUGUUAGAAACUUGUCCAGAACUUCUUAUCUGGAAACUCCAGACUCCACACCCAGGUCACCAAAUAUUAAUAUUUUAUUUCUCACCUUCUGUACCUGGCAUUUCUACUUACUGGUAUACAUUUACUUAUUAGAGGCUUUUUCUUCUAACUUGGUUACCAUUACUAUUAGACCUAUCUAUUUAUUGAAUUUUCAAAAUACCUUUUUUGUCAAGUAUUCACUUGCUUACAUAGGGUGUCAAGAUUACAAUAACUACAGCAAAUUCUUUAGGUAGUAAUAUCUCUGUGACGUUUGAUUGGUUUAUAUGUCUUUACUGUUUGUAUUAUUUUUAUUUGUCAGGUCCCAGUUGUCCUCGCGCCAGUACCUCAUGGAGAAUCCACCACUUCUUAGUGAAGAGCAAUUACAGAAACUUUUGUCUGAGGCUCACUUUCCACUGAGCAGUAAACUGUUAGCUCUCAGGGAAGAUGAUGACAAGAUUCUAGAAGGUAAAGAGAAUGUUCACUUUUAACUGAGCAGUAAACUGUUAGCACUCAGGGAAGAUGAUGACAAGAUUCUAGAAGGUAAAGAGAAUGUUCACUUUUAACUGAGCAGUAAACUGUUAGCACUCAGGGAAGAUGAUGACAAGAUUCUAGAAGGUAAAGAGAAUGUUCACUUUCCACUGAGCAGUAAACUGUUAGCACUCAGGGAAGAUGAUGACAAGAUUCUAGAAGGUAAAGAGAAUGUUCACUUUCCACUGAGCAGUAAACUGUUAGCACUCAGGGAAGAUGAUGACAAGAUUCUAGAAGGUAAAGAGAAUGUUUACUUUCCACUGAGCAGUAAACUGUUAGCACUCAGGGAAGAUGAUGACAAGAUUCUAGAAGGUAAAGAGAAUGUUUACUUUCCACUGAGCAGUAAACUGUUAGCACUCAGGGAAGAUGAUGACAAGAUUCUAGAAGGUAAAGAGAAUGUUUACUUUCCACAUGUUUACUUAAUUAUGUGGGUUUAUACUGUGGGAUUUUAUUGUAACAGUAUAAUAAGAAAUGGGGGCUGGGUGGCCAAGUGGUCUUAACCAAGCCUAUUUCAAGUUCAUGGUCUGGAGUUCAAUCCCCCAUCAAAGCCCAGUCAAGCAUAAACAUCGCCAGCACCCCCAGGUGGAUGGGACUCAUUAACCUUGGAUGGCAACUCGUCUAAGAGAAGGAAACUCUGAAUUGAUUACCACAAUGAAACAUUCCGACAACUCCUGCGACGCCAAUGGUGCCAAGCUGUAUCAUCCACAUGAUGUUCCCUUGGGUUAUUCAGUGGCGUGGAGAGAGGCGAUUUGCUAUGUAGGGAACCAGCUUAUAAUCCUAAAAAAAAUAAUCCCAGGCCUUGUGGAUUUUGUCCUGUCAAGUCUACACCAUCGUCACAUUGUGGUGGAUGGAUGCCAGUAAAAAAUAAUAAUUUAUCAACUCAAGCCUGUGUAACAUUCUUUUCUAAAUUCUUUUUAUACCCUGCAUCACAUGAUCACUGACUCCAGUUCUCCAGCCAGUAUUCACACAUUUAAGUUUAAGUGUUUAUGAAAACAAUUCACCAGAUCCAGUCAUACAACAUGUCAACAACACAGGACAAUCCCAAAGUUCAAUCAAUACAUACUACAACAAUAAUCAUCAGUCACUCAUACUGUCACAUUUAUCACUGAUCUUUAAAUAUUUAGUACUCUUUACUAAAGAAAUCUGAUAUCAAGAGGAAUGCAAAAUCUUUGAUAUAUCAGAUAUUAAAUUCAUUUAUUAAAAACGUAUUCUUUUUCAUUUUCCAGCUACUAUAAAUAAAUUUUUAAUGUGAUUUAGAUAAAUGUUAAUAAUAAAAUUUGAAUGCAAUUAAUACUGAGUUUAUAUAAGUUAAUUAUUGCACAAGAAUCCCAAUAAUUAUUAUUAUCAUUAUAUACUGUUAUAACCCAGCCAAUAGAAUGAUUAUUGAACUUAAUUAGGGCUCGAAUAAUAUAUGGCUUUGUUGUCUUGCAGAAGAAGGUGAUGCUGAGACGAUACGAGCAGAAACCUGGAAAGCCAUAAAGGACACCAAGCCUGGUGGAGAAAUAGACAGUGAUUCAGAUGAAGAAGACACAAUUAUUGCCAGCAAACACGUCAAGGCAACAGACAAAUCCGUAUACAACCUUGAGAAGGACAAGUCUUCAAAUAAUGCUGCAGACUUUUCACCAUGCUCUAGCAGCGAAACAUAUUUAUUUGACAGUGUUCACGAUUCCUCUGACUCUUCUCCUAGUUCCUUUGGUUCAUUUCAUGUAGACAGGCGUGACCACAUCAGUUCAGUGAAAAAAUCUGUCAGUGAAAUCACAUAUUCAAACAAACCUGGGGAUCAUUUUAAAAGUUUACCAAAAAUUUCUCUGUCUAUAGGGGAGUUGUCCAGAGUCAGUAGUCUGUCAUCUUCAGGUGAGUUGUCCAGAGCUGGAAGCCUGUCUUCCAUUUCACAAGAAAGUUUUGAAAAUGAGAUACUCAGACUCCCACAUCUUUCACCCAAUCAUUGUUUAAUUCAAGCUCAGCAAGGCCUGAGUGAUCAAGAGGUCAAAUUUAAAGCCUCGAUGACUACAUCCAAACAAGUUUUUCAGAUGAUGGAAGAUGACUUGUCAGAGUUGAAAGAUUACUACGAGAAUGAAAUAAUUUCAACUAGAGGUCAUACUCCCAAGACUCGAACUGUAAAUAAUAUUACCCCCAAACAUGACAUGGUACUAUCAAGUUAUUCAGAAAAGGAUAUUGAUAUUUCUACAAGUCCGACACUUCAAAAAUCAUCACCUGUCAUUUUAAAUCAAAAUCCAAAAUCAACCACUUGAAAUUAUGUUUGAAGAGCAUAGUUUGUACUAUUUUUAUUAGAUUAAAUCUGCUUCCAUUUCAGAACUUUUGAGCUUUUAGCUGCAUUUUUAGUGCUGGGCUGGGCCAGCAAUGUGUCUGCAGAGUGAACCCUU